GAGUUCCUCACGAAGGACUUCAUCUUCAUGCCGGAGGUCUGGGGCGCCGGCGCCGUGGAGGAGCAGUACCUCCGACCAGCGGGGGUGGCGAACUUCCUGGACUCCAACGGCCAUACCAGCCCCGCGGAGAUGGCAACAAUACUCCUCGGCUCGAACGAGCCGGACAUCAAAG